UUAUAUAGCAAAUAGGUUAUGCCCGUAGAACAUGUCACUCUCGUUUCAUCAUAAUUCGUGUCGUAAGUUUCAGUGAGGAGCUUUAACGAAAUUUCAGUAAUAUAUUCGUUUACUAUGGUAAAAGUUUAGUAUUGCAAGGGGAUAUGAUUACUUCGAAUAUCGAGAUCAUAUGCGAUUCAUUUUCAUUCGGUACUUUUAAAUAAGAGUUGGUGUGCGUGAUCAAUUUUGCCAACUAUUUCCGGAAUAAUACGUUUUCCUUGAGGUGACGUUUGCUAUUAUUGUCUGUAAGGUGUGUUAACGGCAUUGUUGUAAACGUCGUCAUACUUUUAAGAUUCUGAGAAUCUUAAUUUCUUGUGCGAUACGUAUCGCCAAAAGAGAUACAGUGAUACGUUUAUAGUUUGAAAAUUUUCCAAUUAAAAGGGUAUUUAGUUCGAACAAUUGAAACCACGUCAGUGUCUUCCCAAACAAAAUGGGCCUAACAAUCAGUAGCUUACUUACCCGGCUCUUUGGUAAAAAGCAAAUGAGAAUAUUAAUGGUAGGUUUGGAUGCUGCUGGAAAAACUACAAUAUUGUACAAAUUGAAGCUUGGCGAAAUUGUCACAACAAUACCUACCAUAGGAUUCAAUGUUGAAACUGUUGAAUACAGAAAUAUAUGCUUCACGGUGUGGGAUGUCGGUGGUCAGGAUAAAAUCAGACCACUCUGGAGACAUUACUUCCAAAACACGCAAGGCCUCAUUUAUGUUGUUGACAGUAAUGAUCGUGAACGUAUCGCAGAGGCGGAACGUGAAUUAGCAAACAUGUUGAAAGAAGAUGAACUGAGAGAUGCAGUUCUCUUAGUAUUUGCUAAUAAACAGGACUUACCAAAUGCUAUGUCAGCAGCUGAACUUACAGAUAAAUUAGGACUUAAUUCAUUACGUGGCCGUCAUUGGUAUAUUCAAAGCACCUGUGCUACUCAAGGACACGGAUUAUACGAAGGACUUGAUUGGUUGAGUAAUGAACUGGCUAAAAAGUGAUAAAGCAUUGUCGUUAUUCAUUAUCUUCAUGAACAGUUUAAUCAUUGAGCAUGGAUGUAGAAGACAGGUUGCAGUUUCCGUUUUGUCAGAUUACGCACUAUGUGUACAUGUUUAAUACCACUGUGAUUGUAAUUUCUAAGAUAAAAAUUGCUUGAAAUAACAGAAUAUAACAUGACCGACUCAGUUGUCAUGAUGCUUACACAGGUUUCAUUUUUAAAGUGACAUUUUUCAAAAAAGAUAAAACAGAAAAAAGGAAAAGAUAAAAAUAAAGUAAGUCUAUUAAUUAGAUGAGUGUGUAUAUUUACCAGUUAUAUAUUAUUUGUAUGUGACAUAUAAUUCCAAUUGAAAAAGUUAUAAGUUUACUUAAAGGUGUAUCUUCAAUUUAAAAUAAAACAUGGAAUAUUUCUACAUUAA